GGCUGGUUUCGUUUCGGAAAGCAAACCAGUCAACUGUAAUCUGUCGGGCUGUGAUGAGCUCGUCUCUUCAUCGCUAAAACAACCCGAGAACGCUAAUGUUGUUGUGGUUAUCGCAUCUCUGAGAGCGCCGACCGCGCAUAACACUAGUGUCGCACUGCCAAACGUGCCGUUCGAGUUUUUUUCUAUGUAACCCCAGCACCAGCCAUCGUGUAAAUUGACAUGGAAGUGCAUCGUACCUGUUGAACAAGGAUUGCAAUGUCAAAUAUUUAUGCACCUGAAAAAUCGCCUUCCUAUCGUGGUUUUCGGGUAGAAUGGAACAGCCAAGCAUGCAGCAGCAAGAGCUUGCACCUGUCGGAGGAGCAGGAGCAGAAAGUGCAUCGGUCAGCGAGACCAGUGACACAGCUGCACCGACACAGGCACAAGCAGCAGCUUGCCCUUCUGAGACAACGACGACGACGACCUCGUGUACCAGCCCAAGUGUCGAGCAGCCACCGCAGUCCGUCUACCACAUCAAGUGGGUUCGGUGGAACAAUCAGAAGACGCCCAUCGUCACACAGAACGAGAAUGGGCCUUGUCCCCUGAUUGCCAUCAUCAACGUCCUCACGCUGAAAGGUCUCAUCAAGCUUCCACACACGCUCGACAUUGUGACCGUUGAACAGCUCAUGGAGCAUCUGGGGGACUGCAUACUGUCCUCUAUACCAAAGGACAUUCCAGAAAGUGCGCAGCUUAAUUAUGAGCAAAACAUGCACGAUGCCAUUGCCAUCCUGCCAAAGCUGCAAACAGGGUUGGAUGUAAACGUUCGAUUCACAGGUGUAAAGGACUUCGAGUACACGCCUGAGUGCAUCGUGUUCGACCUGCUGCGAAUUCCUCUCUACCACGGUUGGCUCCUCGACCCCGAAUCGCCGGAAAUCCUUGCAGCUGUUGGCAACUGCAGCUACAACCAGCUCGUGGAAAAGAUAAUCAACAACAAGUCUUCUACAAAGCCAGAGCUGGUCACUGAAGCGCUGUUAGCUGAAGCUUUCCUGGAGCGAACAGCGUCACAGCUGACCUACCACGGCCUGUGCGAGUUGAACUCCACGGUAACAGAAGACGAACUGUGUGUCCUCUUUCGGAAUAACCACUUUAUCACGAUGUAUAAACAAAAGGACCGCUUGUAUCAGCUGGUCACGGACCAGGGCUUCCUGAACGAACCAGACGUAGUCUGGGAGUCGUUGAUCAACGUCGAGGGUGACGGCCAGUUUGCGGAUUCCGAUUUCGUCGUGAACCCGCCCAAGCCUCGAUGCCUCACCACCGAGCAACAAAUCGAUCGGGACUACCUGGUUGCCUUAAGCUUGCACCACGAGCAAGUGCACCAUGAGCGAACGAAAAACGACGCUUUGCAGUCCUUCGUCCAACCAGUCGAGCCGCUCGACCACAACGCCAUCCGCGCAGACGAGGAGCUUGCGAAGCAACUUCAGGAGGAAGAGCACCACAGGGCACUGUCACGGCCCCCCGCACGCAAUGCAUCAGGUUCAGCGCAGGACGCUAUCGAAUCAACGGGGCGACAAAGGCAAAACAACAGCAGCCCACCGUCCAAGAAAGACUGUUCAAUCCUGUAGGUGGGCCUCCUCACACCGAUGCAAACCAUGCCAGAAUGCAAACACACCUUCUACCCUUCUCCUCUUCCUGGUGCCGCCGCUGCCAUUUACUACGCAUUGUACAUAGGACAAGCAGGGACACUUGUCGUCUCCGGAAUUGAGAUUACACUGGGAAAAUCAGGCCAGCAUGGUGCAUGUGGUACUAGACAGACAGGCCGAGGGCUCCCAGCUUUAUUAUAGACCACGAGUGUGGGAAAGGAGAGAAGGAGGCUACCUCUUCCUUGUUGACAGCUUGCAAUCGUCGAGAACGCAGAAAAGACCAGUUAGCCAGGACGCGGUCACUGCAGUGCCGCGCGGGGGUCUUUCCAACCUCGAAUUAUAGAAGUACGAUAAUAUAUGGCGCUCUACAUAUAUAUGUGUAUAAAUAACAUGUGGGUUAGCAACGAGGUUUCUGGGGGCAAAAUGCAGCUCUCUGCGUGGCAAGCAGAGUCGUUACCCGUUUUGUUUCUUUGUAUCACGUUGAUGUUAUUAUUAAAGCCCAUGAUUGAUGCGCAA